CACUCCGCAGACACGAGUGUGUGUAUGCAUGUGUGUGUUAAUUAUGGUCGCACAGAUGGAGAAGCAUCUUUCACUCUGAAACAAGAGGUUUCCUACUCAACCCUUAUUUCCUUUUCAGGCGACUUUGACCCCUAGUUUGUGUGUGUGGAGGGAAAACAUUUUCUCUUUUUUCCCCUCCCUCACACUCACACUCUCUCACAUGCUUGGAGGAGAGUGUGUGCCAAAUUACAUACAGACUUUUUUGCAUCAAGGGUGAAAACUUUCUUCCUCUUGCUCCAGUCAGUUGUCUAACCUCACUCGUGUCUCUCGGCAGAUGGAGUAAGGGAAGAGUGUUGAGCGGUUUUCAGAACACCACAUGGAUAUGGCACACACGGUAAAAACUCCACUACGGAGGUCCUUCAGCGAGCAUGUGAAGGACUCGACCAAUAAGGCUUGGGAUAUAUUCUGGAGAAGUGCACGUGAGAAACGGCUAUCAGAAAUUGAAGCAAAGGAGGCAUGCGAUUGGCUCCGAGCUGCCGGCUUCCCUCAGUAUGCACAGCUUUUCAAAACUUGCCACAUUCCUAUUGACAUAGACUGGGUAAAGAGUGAUCAUGAAUUCCUGGAUAGUGACACAUUAGACACUCUCUGCAGGAGACUAAACACCUUAAACAAAUGUGCGGAGAUGAAGCUGGAUCUGAGCAGAUUCAAACGCAGAGGUGAAGUCGAUGACGAUGUGGAGCCCUGUGCCAUCAGCCCGAAGUGGUCCUAUGACCAAAAGUGUAGGCGCUGGAUACGCACAGAUGGUAUGGACUUUCUGCCAUCUGUGGACAGCCCUAUCUCAGGUCUGAGAAGGUCUGAAAGCUGUGAGGCUUCUCUGUCAGACAGCAGUGAGCACCAUGAGAUUCUCUCCAUGCACAGCUCCAGCAGUGCUGACAGCGAUGGCGGUGGUACCAGCCUCAAAACUUCAGAAGAUCCUGAGACAAGCCGAAGCUCCUCUAGAUGCUCCUCAACUUACAAACACUUGUCCCCAGACAGCUCCUUCAGUGGACCUCCAUCCCCAGGAGAGCCUCAUAACUUCAGCAUUGAAGAACGCUUCCUUGAGAAGCCUCCUAUGAAGAAGGGGCAGAGCCUUCUUCGCAAGAUGGACAAGCUCCGACUCCGAGGGUCAACCCUACGGCCCCAUGCCCAAAGUGGGAAAUCACGGUUAGUCAUAAGUAGUCCUAUACUACAGGAUGGUCAUGCGGAGGUGAAGCAUGAGGAGCUCCAACAUCUUAACAUUUCAGGACUCCCGGAUAAGCCAUGUAGCCCAGUGUCUUGUGCACCACCUUAUGGCUCCAGCAGCAGUCCUUCAGAGAACAGCAGUGCAGUAAGUACACCCAGUCCAGUCACCAAGGUUCGUAGUAACUGCAAAAGACAGAACAUUCAAUCACAGGCAAAAGAACAAGCCUGUGUUGGUGAGCAGGAGAUCCCCAACCAACAAAAUCUUAAUGGUAACACCAUCUUUGAGAUUCCACACGGUCACAAGCCCGGCACUUUUCCCACGAUUUUGCAUAACACUGUGCUAUCACCUGUUGAUUACACCUCUGUCAACUGGAGGACCGGAAGCUUUCAUGGAUGCCAUCGGCGUAGAUGUCGGAGCAGUACAGCCAAAGACCAAGAACCACCAUGCAGUCCUCUGGUGGCACAUGACCAUCGUGUUAGCAUUUAUGACAAUGUCCCAGAUCAUGUGCAAAUUAUCAGUGACGAUGUGUUUUCAGCCUUGGAUAGUGUCAUGGAAAGUAUUACUGGAUUACAGCAACUGGUCACUUCAUGGACAGACAAACUGCCUGAAGAUGGAGAUUCAGAUUUCUCCCACUCCAACUCUCCUUCCCCUUCUUCUCUCACUGACAUCCACCUUGAGAUCAAAGAGCAGAGUGAAACGGACCAAACUGUCCCAAAGCAAUAUUGCAGCAAAAUCUCAGAGACAGAUCAGUUCCCUUGUGCUCAGAAACUUCACUGGUGCAGUGAACAGAUCUUCUCAUCACAUAGUCCCACCACCCGAGCCAUUGAGUCCCAGCUUGCCCCAUGUGUUUCAAUGCUGCAGAGACUGAGUCUGCUCACACUGACUGUUCUGAUGGACAAACACUCACCCUUCAGCAAGCAAGGAUGGAACUGGACUGUUCCGAAAGUCUACAGAAAGAUAAAUGCUUCAGAGCAGAAGAACAGGAAGGUGUUUGGUGUACCUUUGCUUCAGAGUGUUCAGUGGUCAGGGAAACCUCUGCCCCCAAGCAUCCUCAGAGCAAUGGAGUUCCUGAAGACUGAAUGCCUGGAUCAGGUCGGCCUCUUCCGGAAGUCUGGGGUCAAAUCUCGAAUUCAGUAUCUAAGAGACAUGAUUGAGGCUGACCCUGAUGGCUUUUCCUUUGAAGGCCAGUCUGCAUUCGAUGUAGCCGACAUGAUAAAGCAAUAUUUCAGAGAUCUACCUGAGCCCAUUUUCUCCAGCAAGCUGUGUGAGAGUUUCCUGCACAUCUACCAGUAUUUCCCAAAGGAUCAGCAGUUUGCAGCAGUCCAGGCUGCCAUCUUCCUCCUGCCUGAUGAGAACCGAGAAGCUCUUCAGUGCCUCCUCUUCUUCCUCCAUGAAGUGGUGGCCUGUGUGGAAGAAAACCAGAUGACCCCGACAAAUAUUGCUGUGUGCUUGGCCCCCUCUCUCUUCCAUCUCAAUGUCCUCAAGAGAGACAACACCAGCAGCAGAGCAGGCCAGAGGAAGUACAGCUUGGGAAGGCCAGACCAGAGGGAUCUGAGUGAGAAUCUGGCUGCUACUCAAGGGCUGGCGCAUAUGGUGAUGGAGUGUACCCGACUGUUCCAGAUGCCACCUUACUGGCAUGAAAGGAAUCCCAGCACCUUUAAUGAAGACAUCCUGAACAUGGAUGAGACCGAUCUAGCAGACCGUGCCCGGCUAGAUGUUUCAGUCCAACAGCUCCUCAAGGAGAUGAGGGAGAAGACCAAAAGCUGGGUAAUCUGCUCCACCUCUGAUCAUGUGGAUGUGGCAUUUAAAAAGGUGGACGAUGGUUACCCAUUGCCGUUGUGGAGGGGGACGGUAGAAGUGGACGCUCCCCAGAAAGAUGUUCUUCAACGUGUCCUAAGAGAACACAGCCAGUGGCAGAGCGACCUCCAGCACAGUGAGGUGGAGACCCUGGACAAGGAUUCUGAGAUCUACCAGUUCACCCUGCAGGCAGUUGGCACAAGACCACCAGUGCAACAUGUGCUUUUGAGGACGUGGCAGUCUGAUCCUUCAGCAGGGGCUCUGUUCGUGGCGGCCACUUCAGUCGAACGCGGUGAUGUCCCAAACAAAGGGGUUACAGCCCAAGUGCUGUGCUGCAUGUUCCUGGUGGAGCCGACGGGGCCAAAAAAGUCACGACUCACACAUUUUUGUCGCACUGAUACCAGGGGCCGAUCUUUGGAGUGGCACAGUAAAGUUGGUGGGCACCUGCUUUCAUCCACCCUGGUGGCAAUCAGAGACUCCUUUAAGCCUAAGACGAAAGACGCAAAGCUCACCUUGAACUGAUUCAGAAGAAGAAAAGGAAAAAAAACGAACACAGCACUGUUGUAUGUGGAGAACGCAGGAUGUCAGAAGGUGUUUCACAGGAAGCGUGGGACAAUUACAGAGCGUUUUCUGCCAGAUGAUUCCGGUUGACAAAGAAGGACAAGCGUAUGACGAGAUGUUCCAGGACAGUCGGUCUGCUUGGUUUAUCAAGACUGACAAGGAAGAGUGUCAGAGUAAUGAAAUGUCUCAUCCCAUUUGAAGGACCGUUUCACAAGCUAACAGACUGCAAAGGUUGUCUCAGACACCCGCAGUUUUUAAAAGCAUUACAAGGACGAUUGGGUGACAGUGUGAAAAUCUGCUUCUUUGAAAAGUCAGCCUCGAUGUUGUUCGAUGGAGAGACACCACAGGUGCAUUACCUCCAGCGGCGGCUCGUGAUCACAGACGUUGGGAAGGUAGAGUGACGUUAAUAACGACAAAACAAAAUAAAGUUGACGGGCUAUUGCAUUUGACUUAUGCUAAAGGCUAAUAUCUAAUGAUUUUUUUUAAGAGUAAUAGGCAGUCAAGACUCGACAACACACUCAUCCAAUGUAGCGUCCAGCAGCUCAUAUCUUUGUUCGACUGCGUUUCUGAUACAGAAGGUGUUUUUCCAAGAGAGCGCAUAUCAUUAACCAGAUUCACCAGGUUUCUGGAAGAUUCUCAAAAACCACACACACACAAAAAAAAAUAGGCAUUAGAAAAAAAUAAAUGUUUCUCAGCCUUUUGUGUAGCCACUGUAUGUGUGUAUUCACAUCCCCCCUCUCCCAGAUAUAAAUUUCUUGCAAAUUAUUUUCUAUAAAACUAAUUUUUUUAAUUGAGAGUUUAUUUAUUUAUUUAUAUGCCUCGUUUUGUUUUUCGCUCCAUUUCCUUAUAAAUGCACCAAGGGGAGUCUGAGCGAAACGGUAUUUCAAUGCACUCUAUACUUGUAUAUGGAUGUAUUGAUAAUAAAGCUCCAUUAAAAUCGUUGCGGCUGCAGAGUAUUUUUUAAAUACUUCAAUUUGGCGUAAAAAGAAAAGCAACACUGUUGUUAACUGCCUUCUCUGCUGCUGCUCCUCAAGAAACAAAAAAAAAAACGUUCAUAAAGUGAGCAUGAGGCAGCGUCGUUCCCACCCCAAUGGACAUUUAUUUAUUAGGGCUUGUUGUAGUUCCCAUUUCUGGCCACUAGGUGCAAUAAUAACUCUAUAGCGCUAAAUGGAGCAGUGAGCAUGCUCGUAUAAUCACGCAACAUUGAAAAAGGUGAGCGAAUCAACAGAACAUCAGCUUUUAUUCUCUCCACAUUCACUGGAUAUGAGCAAUCGCACGCUCCGAUUGGCUACUCUCCUACAAGGAUAUCAGCUCAUAUACCGUGAGUAGAAAAAAACAAAAUGGCAGCACGUGUUGCUGAACCAACCGAGGAAGAAAUAAAAACUCAAAACCAAAAAAGCAACAAAAUAUGGAAUGAUAAGAACAUACCUCUUUUUUGGUUGUUUUUCAAGAAUUAUCAUCACAUUUUUCACAAAUUGCUCCUGUCAUUUCGCCAGUUUCUUUACAUUCUAAGCGGAAAUUAUUUUGUCAGACGUUUUGUAUAAAGUUUAUUUAUCGAAUUUGCAAAACAUUAAAAUAAAAAAAUGCUCCGUUUCUCAAAAUCCAGUGAAUGUGGAGAGAAUAAAACAGUUAUUCCACUCAGUCUUGUUGUACAUGGAUUAUAGACAACUCGGUGCCAUGCGCCUCGGUGCCAUGCGCCUCGUCGCCUAUCAGCUCAUGUACGACUCGAUCUUGUGGAAUAACUCUUAAAUAUCUGUCAAACAGCAACGCUUCUUAAAAUUGUUGGUCAGUCAGAAAGAGAUAUUUAAAAUGUACUGUAUUGUGUGAAUGAACUUUAUGAAGAUUAAUAAUUAGUGAAGAUAUUAACCUGUAUAUGGUGGGACUCGGCCUUACCUGCCCCUCCGGAUGAGCCGCCGCUGGUGAUGCCAAAGUGUCAGAGUUGUACAAUUCGAACAACUGUAACUAACAUUCGCAUAUUUAUUCCAAAGUGUUUCUGACAGCGCUCGAGGGCACGAACGCGAUCCGGUGUGUUAUAACGGAGUUUAAUGAUGUUCACUAAAUGCCAGGCUUCAAGUAACGUUGCAAUAUGAAUAUGUAUUGGUAUUAAACAUAUUUAAUUAAAGAAAUGACGACAUGAUGUGAUUUAUUUUAUUGAACUUAUAAAUCUUUUUUAUAAUGACUUAAUAUAAUUUAAUAUAACAAUGUAUUAACUGUUACAGAAGAGAUUAUUUAAACAUCUAAAUCAUUAAAGAUGCCUUGGACCGUCUGAGCUGGUGUUUUUUUUAUUAAUUUUCAUGCUACAUGUGACACUAAUCAGCUCUAAUUAAACGCAUUCAUUGUUCAUUGUUAAAUAAAUAUAUAUUUUUCAUUUUCAUGGAUUUGAAUGAAAUGUUUAUCAGACUGUUGAUACAGUGUGCAUGGAUUAAAACGUUGUGUAAAGAUAUUUUCAGACAGACAGAACUGUGGGGUGUGUGUUAUCAAAACACGCAUGCACACAAGUUUGUUGUGUGCUUCCACUUGGAAUCAUUAUUAUAGGAUUUAUUUUUAAAUAAUUUGAUAUGUAAUAAAUUUUAUCGAUGAAAAUUUAUGUGAAUGAACACAGGACAUGGUGCCUCCUUUUCCUCGAGACACACACACAAUGUGAAUUUUAAUCCCUUUGUAAUUAGCAUUAAUAUUAAAAGUAAUGUUAGAGUUUA